UUGAUCUAUAUCUAUCUUUUUGAGUUAGAAAUUUUUCUAUCUAUCUAUCAAUCUAUCUCUAAGGCAAAUUUUUUCUAUCUAUCUAUCUAUCUAUCUAUAUCUAUCUAUCUAUCUAAGAAUCUUCUAAACAUAUUUCUAUUGUUUCUUCAUCAAUCUAUCUAUCUAUCUAUCUAUCUAUCUAUCUCUCUAUCUAUAAAUAUAUCUAUGUUAUCUAUCUAUCUAUCUCGUUUUCUAUCUAUCUAUCUAUCUAUCUAUCUCUGUUGUUUUCUAUCUAUCUAUCCUAUCUAUAUCUAUCUAUCUAUCUAUCUCAUGUUUCUAUCUAUCAUCUAUUUAUCUAUCUAUCUAUCAAUCAUUUCUUUUCUAUCUAUCUAUCUAUCUAUCUAUCUAUCUAUCUAUGGAUUGCAUUUCAUAUUUAGUUUCUAUCUAUCUAUACAUCUAUCUAUGUUAUCUAUCUAUCUAUCUCUGUUCGAAUCUAUCUAUCUAUCUAUCUAUAUAUCUCUGUUCGUUUUCUAUAUAUCUAUCUAUCUAUCUAUCUAUCUAUCUAUCUAUUUAUCUAUCUAUCUAUUCUAUCUAUCUAUCUAUUUAUUCUAUUCAGUCUGUAAAAAUCUUUUACAAAUCUAUCUAUCUAUCCAUGUUCAUUAUCUAUCUAUCUAUCUAUUUAUCUAUCUAUCUAUCUAUCUAUCUCAGUCUGUUCGUUUUAUAUCUAUUCAUUAUCUAUUUAUCUAUGUAUCUCUUUUCGUAUCUAUCUAUCUAUCUAUCUAUCUAUCUAUCUAUCUAUCUAUAAGUUCAUCUAAUGCGUUCGUUAAAUAUCUAUCUAUCUAUCUAUCUAUCUAUCUAUCUAUCUAUCUAUCUAUCUAUCUAUUAUUCUGUUCAUUUAUCUAUCUAUCUAUCUAUCUAUCUAUUGUUUAUUUCUAUUACAUCUAUCUUUUCUAUCAUAUCUAUCUAUCUUUUUAUCUGUUAACAUCUUUGAAUCUAUCUAUAUCUAUUCAUCUAUCUAUCUAUCUAUCUUUCUAUCUAUUAUCUAUCUAUCUAUCUAUCUAUCUAUCUAUCUAUGUCAGUCUGUUCUUUUUAUCUAUCUAUGGAAUCUGCAUCUAUCUAUCUAUCUAUCUAUCUGUUCAUUUUCUAUCUAUCUAUCUAUCUAUCUAUCUAUCUAUCUAUCUAUCUAUCUAUCUAUCUCAAUUUCUUUUAUCUAUCUAUCUAUCUAUCUAUCUAUUUUUCUAUCACAAAAAAAAUAUCUAUGAAUUUCUUUCUAUCUAUCUAUCUCAUAUUCAUUUUCUAUCUAUCUAUCUAAAAUCUAUCUAUCUAUCUCUCUUUCGUUUUCAUCUAUCUAUCUAUCGGGAUCUAUCUAUCUUGUUCUUUUUCUAUCUAUCUAUCUAUCUAUCUAUCUAUCUAUCUAUCUAUCUAUCUAUCUAUCUAUCUAAAUCUUAUAUCUAUCUAUUAUCAUUAUCUAUCUAUCUAUCGAUCUAUCUAUUUAAUCUAUCUAUCUAUCUAUCAUCUAUUUAUUUACAGGUAUUAAACGUUGAUACAUCAAUGUUUCUAUCUAUCUAUCUAUCUAUAAUUUAUUAUCUAUCUAUCUAUCUAUCUAUCUAUCGGUUGAUUGUCUAUCUAUCUAUAUUCAUUGUUCAUCUAUUCAUCUAUCUAUCUAUCUAUCUAUCUAUCUAUCUAUCUAUCUAUCUAUCUAUCUAUCUAUCUAUCUAUCUAUCUAUCUAUCUAUUAUCUAUUUCUCAUCUAUGUUCAUAUCUAUCUAUCUAUCUAUCUAUCUAUCUAUCUAUCUAUCUAUCUAUCUCUGUUCGUUUCUAUCUAUCUAUCUAUGUUAUCUAUCUAUCUAUCUAUCUUUGUCGUUUCAUCUCUCAAUCCAUGUCUAUCUAUCUAUCUAUCUAUCUAUCUAUCUAUCUCUGUUUUCUAUCUAUCUAUCUAUCUAUUAUCUAUCUCUGUAUCAUAUCUUUUUCUAUCUAUCUAUCUAUCUAUCUAUCUAUCUAUAUUUAUCUAUUUAUAGUAUCUAUCUAUCUAUCUAUCUUCUAUCUAUCUGACAAUUAUUCUAAUAAUCUAUCUAUCUAUUAUCUCAUCUACAUUUUCUAUCUAUCUAUCUAUCUGUUCUUUUCAUUCAUCUAUCUAUCUAUCUAUCUAUCUAUCUAUCUAUCUAUAUUCUAUCUAUCUAUCUAUGUUUCAUUUCUAUCUAUCUAUCUAUCUCUGUUCAUGUUCGUUUUCUAUCUAUCUAUCUUUCUAUCUAUCUAUCUAUCUAUCUAUCUAUCUAUCUCUGUUCAUUUUUUCAUCUAUUAUAUAUUAUCUAUCAUAUCUAUCUAUUAUCUAUCUAUCUAUCUAUCUAUUCAUUCUAUCUAUCUAUCUAUCUUUCUAUCUAUCUAUCUAUCUAUUAUUUAUCUAUAUAUCUAUCUAUCUAUCAUCUAUCUAUCUAUUUAUCUAUCUAUUUCAUUUUCUAUCUAUCUAAUUCUAUCUAUUCAUCUAUCUAUUAUCUAUCUAUCUAUCUAUCUAUCUAUUAUCUAUCUAUCUAUCUAUUCAUCUAUCUAUCUAUCUAUCUAUCUAUCUAUCUAA